AUGACCAGGCGCACCUUUACCCCAACUAAAUUCUCACCUUACGUCAUUCGCGAUAUGGAUGAAUCAACCCCAUUAAUCAGAAAAUCCAAGUUUAAGUGGUUUAUACCCAUUACCCUUGGGUUGAUAUUACUCAGUACCACCUUAUUCACAGGCUACAGUACAUUGUCGGCCAAAAGCUCUUUUUUGGAUUUAAAUUUGAGGAUUUAUACCAAUAAUAUUAGAUAUGAUAACAGAAACCCUGUAAAACAUGAACCUUUCUGGGAAAUCAGGAAAGAAGGUGUUGCUGAUUCAAUUCUAUUCAAUACUGUCAACCAAGGAAACAUCGUUUGUUUACAAGAAGUGUUACAUAAUCAAUUAUGUGACAUUUUAGACCAUUUAAAUGGUUAUAAGGACAAGCCUACUAAUCCCGAAAUCCCCAGCUUUACAGAUAACAGUGAAGAUCAAGCAAGUGGUGCAGAAUCAACUGAAGAAACAAAUGAAUCUGUUCAACAGAAUGACUAUGUUGAGAGUAUUGAUUAUUCUAGAAAUCCUAAAAAAGGAGAUUGGACCUUUUUUGGUGUGGGUAGAACUGAUGGUAAAAGAUUCGGGGAAUAUGCUCCUAUUCUUUACAAGUCUAGUGAAUGGAUUUUCAUUGACGGUAAGACCUUUUGGUUGAGUGAAACCCCAGAUUUCCCAAGUAGAUCAUGGGACGCAGCACUUGAAAGAAUCGUAACCAUGGUAACUUUACAAAGUCGUAGUAAUCCAAUGAUCAAAUUAAACUUCUUCAACACCCAUUUCGAUCAUAGGGGAAUCAAGGCAAGAAGAGAGAGUUCAAAGCUUAUUGCUAAGAAAAUGGAGAAUUAUAACAGUUACCCAUCAUUUUUGUGUGGGGAUUUCAACACCGAGCCCUCAGAUGAACCGUAUCAUAUCUUAACUUCCUCCGGGUUCAAAGACGCACGAUUACUUAGUUUGAAUCAAUAUGGUUAUAAGAAAACAUUCACAAACUUUGGUAAAAAUGACCGUCAUAGUAUCAUAGAUUACAUUUGGUCACCAUCAUUCUCCUCUAAUAAGAAAGAAUUGAUUAAACAUAAGAAUUGGUUGAAUUAUUCCAUCACCAUUAAACAUUUUGCCAUUUUAACUAAUUAUUUCCAUUAUUUUUUCAGCGAUCAUCGUCCUGUUGUUUCCGAUUAUGUAGUGGGAGUAUCCUUAUAA